GCGUUGAGGCCUAGUCGUUGCGCCACAAUGGUGAAGGGCAGGCUCUCGCUGACGUAACAAUUAGUCCAUUGAUUGAUUACCAGGCAUCUCGCGCCACCAGCACGCUUCACAUUGCACCCUCAUCUCUCCCGUCCACAGCACCGUUACCGUCCAGGUCCCGCUUGCGCGCACACUCGCCGCCAUCCGUAGCACAAUCGCCAAAAUUCGGGUUCACAUGCACCGCCGUACAUAGCGUAUAUCCCGCGUUCCAGCGCGCCGGCAGCGCGCAACGGUCCUCCACUAUGCCGCCUAAACGCAAGCUGCAGACGGCGGCGGAGGCCGAGGCCGAGGAUGCGUACGAUGACGGAGACGUUGGGCCUAUGAGUGACCAGGAGAUGUUCGACACCCUCAAGGACCAGUUCGAUGUCAAAGCUAUGACGAAACGGGCACGGGCAACGCAACCAAGAGAUGCAGCUGCCCAUUUGUUCAGGAAGUCUGAUCAGUCGCACGCGCCUCUGAAGCCGGACCAGCAGAAUCGGCCUCUCUGGGUCAACGACACAGGCGGUAUCAUUAUCGAGUCGUUUCACCCUCUCUUCGACGAGGCGCAGGACUUCUUGAUCAAUAUUGCUGAACCUCAGUCGCGUGUAUCGAAGAUGCACGAGUACCAACUUACCACACACAGUCUGUUCGCUGCCGUCAGUGUCGGUCACUCAAGUCAAGAGAUCAUCGACAAGCUCGACAAGUACUCGAAGACAGCCCUGUCUGACUCGCUCAUCCAGUUCGUGGAAAAGUCCACCUCAGCUUUCGGCAAAGCCAAGAUUGUCUUGAAAAAGACACUUUCGUUCAUCGAAAGUGAAGACCCGACCAUCCUGAACAAGCUCCUCCGUGAUCCCAUCGUGGCCGAGUGCAGGGCAGACCAGACUGACGGCCUCAUCAAGGAAGCCGCUCCGAAGAUAGGUCAAAUGGCUAUUCCUGGUACCAAGCUGGCUGCUGGAGCCAAUCAAAUCGUACAAGCAUCUGGCGCAGAGCCAGCGCCUGCAGAAAUGAUUGCAACGUUGCGAGAAGACGAUGAUGAUGACGAGAUAGCCCAAGUGCACUCCUUCCAAAUCAAGAGUGAUGAAAGGGAACGAGUUGUAAAGCGCUGUCGAGCCAUAGGUCUCCCUCUAACGGAAGAGUACGACUUCAACAACGACAUGAAGAAUCCCAACCUCGAGAUCGAUCUGAAGCCGCACGCCCAGAUCCGUUACUACCAGGAGAAGGCUCUGAGUAAGAUGUUCUCAAACUCCCGAGCGCGUUCAGGUAUCAUCGUUCUGCCGUGUGGCGCAGGUAAGACUCUUGUCGGCAUCACAGCAGCAUGUGGUGUCAAGAAGUCGGUCAUCGUUCUCUGUACAAGCGCCAUGAGUGUCGUCCAGUGGAGAGCCGAGUUUAUCAAAUGGUCGAACAUCAAUCCAGAAGAUAUUGCGGUCUUCACAGCGGAGAACAAAGCCGUAUUUCCCCGCAACGCUGGCAUUAUCAUCAGCACAUAUUCCAUGAUAAGUACCGUUCAAAAGCGAUCGCACGAUGCCGAGAAGGUGAUGAACUUCAUCAGGGAGCGAGAAUGGGGUUUGUUGAUUGCUGAUGAAGUGCAUGUCGUGCCUGCCAACAUCUUCAAGAAGGUCACAUACCAGAUUGCGUCUCACGCAAAGCUCGGACUCACCGCUACGCUGCUGCGAGAAGACGACAAGAUUGACGACCUUAACUUCCUCGUCGGACCCAAGCUGUACGAAGCCAAUUGGCAGGAGCUUUCAGAACAAGGUCAUAUUGCCCGAGUGCAGUGCGCUGAAGUAUGGUGUCAGAUGACGCCGGAGUUCUACCAGGAGUGGCUUAAACCGGCUUCACUGCAAAAGCGAGCACUGCUGUCGAUCAUGAACCCACGAAAGUUCCAGGCGUGCCAGUUCCUCAUCGACUACCACGAGUCGCGAGGAGACAAAAUAAUAGUAUUCUCGGACAACGUCUACGCCUUGGAGAAGUACUCCCGCAAGCUCGGCAAGGCGUACAUUUACGGAGCAACGCCACAAAACGAGCGCCUCCGCAUUCUCGAGAACUUCCAGCACAAUCCACUUGUCAACACCAUCUUCCUCUCCAAGAUCGGCGACACAAGUCUCGAUCUCCCAGAAGCCACUUGCCUCAUCCAAAUAUCCUCGCACUACGGCUCGCGGCGACAAGAAGCGCAACGCCUGGGCCGCAUUCUCCGUGCGAAGCGCCGAAAUGACGAAGGCUUCAACGCGUUCUUCUACUCACUCGUCUCCAAAGACACGGACGAGAUGUUCUACUCGUCAAAACGGCAAGCGUUCCUCGUCGACCAAGGCUACGCCUUCAAAGUCAUCACGCGCCUUGAGGGCAUCGAGAAGCACGAAAACAUUGCCUUCAACACACCCCAGGACCGUCGCGAGCUGCUUAUGGAUGUCCUGCUUGCGAAGGAGGAGGACGCCAAGACUGAGAAUAUCCAGGGCGAUUCGUUCGGCAGCAACUACGCGAGCACCAUGGGAAAGAAGAAGAAGAAGGGCGCCGUGAGGAGGACAGCGGGCGCGUUGAGCGAGUACUCGGGUGGCCAGGAUAUGGCGUACCUGGAGACGAAUAAGAGCAGGAACAAGGAGCUGAAGGGCGUCAAGGGUGUCAAGAACUCCUUCUUGAAGGGCUUGGCGAGGACCAGUGGGAAGAAAUAGGCGCUGGUAGUCGGGACUUUCCCCUUGCCAGGACCAGAUGUAUCUGUAUGCAAAUUGUACACUGCCAUUUCGAUCUUCAAGGAUGUGGAUCGUAUCACUUUUCAUC